UAUUGUCAAAACGCGGACAUUUUUUUUAAACGAAUCGACAGUCAAUAAAAACCGUGAUAAAUAAAUAAAUACAAAUCCAGUUAAGGAUUAUUUUCAAAUCCUUGCUAUUCGACGUUGAAGUUCACAUUAUUGGCACAAUGGUGGAAUGUUCGCUGUGCUCGUUAUUGAAUUUUUUAUUCAAUUGCAUCUAUCAUGUGAUCGGUUGCGCUUUGGAGUAUCCGCUCGUGGUGAUGGCGCUUAGUUUUCUAAUCGCGCUGGUUUUCGUAACGAAUAUUUAUGCGGCAAAAUUAAUUUGUGAUUUUCGUUGCCCGUUACGGGGCGGCACAGCAGGCAGUGGAGGCAGCUGUAGAGCAGAUACGUGUGCGGGUGGAAGUGAGUCGGCGAAUUUCGAUUAUGGACCAGAUAAUGGUCCCCACAAUUGGUGCUGCUCAGACACAAAUCAAUCGCCUAUAAAUAUUAUCGAUAGUAAUGUGCAAAAAUUUCCCAUACGUGAAUUACUGUGCUGGAAUCACUAUGAUGAUUUGCCCGAUGGUAUUAUGCUGGAAAAUACUGGCCAUACAGUUAUGCUGCGCGCCUGUUAUUCAGGCAACACACCCACAGUGAGCGGUGCUGAUCUUCUGGCUUGUUACACUUUUGUUGAGCUGUGCUUUCGCUGGAGUCUACUAAGCAACGAUGGAUCAGAACAUAUGUUGAAUUAUCGCAAGUUUCCGUUGGAGUUACAGGCCAUGCAUCGCACUGGCCCCUCCGGCGACUGUACAUCUAGCUAUGAUAUACUGAUGAUUGGCUACUUCUUUGAGGUUUCAUCGAACAAUCCCUAUUUGGAUCCGCUUGUACAAAAUUUACAUCGUAUACAGAAGCCUGGUUCCAAAAUUGAAAUCCCACCAUUUCCACUCUCUUACCUCUGCUAUCAAUUUCGUACUGGCUUCUACAGCUACGGUGGCUCAUUGACUGAACCACCUUGUUAUCAGGGCGCUGAAUGGUUUCUCUUUCCCGAAGCCUUGGCGAUUAGCGAACGUCAGUUGAACGAAUUUCGCCAUUUGCUCUCGAAAGACGGCAAAACACGCAUUCUCCGCAAUUCACGUCCUGUCCAGAAUAUCAAUUGUACACGUGUGGUCAACUUAAACCAAUAUAACCCCCUCGACGCUUGCCAGAUGGAGCCGCCUGAGUGUGAGGUGCAGGCUGAGGAUGUGGAGAGUUUUCAAUAGAAGUUGCGCGCAAGAAAGAAAAAUAUCCUGUGGCCAUUGCAAUUGCAAUUUGUAUAUUUGUAAAUUUAUUUUACGAAUGAAAAAUAUACACUUGUACAGUUUAUAUCUGUAAAUACA